AUAAAAUUUUGGUCAUCCUUGGAAUAGCUGUGUUUUAUUUUUUUUAUAGAAAUAAAACAACCAGUUUGCAAAAUGCAGCUAGUUAAACGCAGCCGGAUACGCACAGCGAGAAACAAAGGAGUGUAGCAGCAGCAUCAUAGGCUUCACUUGAGAUUCCAUUAAUCAAAACGUGUUCGGAUCUGCCUUUAUUUAUUUGGAACCAUAACAAGAGAUUAGAUGAUCGAUGGAUUUAUUCAAUGCCAGCGGUAGUAGAAUUCCCGAAGCUGACUGAGAGAACUUGCGCAAGAUCGGGAUGACGAAAGAUAUCGACGCGUAGGAGUCUCUCCGCUCGUCGCAGUGGGAUGGUUUUCCAUUCAGAGGAAAAAGGUAUAAAAACGUGCGUCUGUGAAUGGAUUAGUACGAGAGCCGCACACGGAGUCAAAACUGCCGGUUUUGCAAGUGAUUCUUCCAGCGUGUAACCUACUUCUCUCGUCCCAUCUCUUCAACAUCUCCGGUGACACAAACCACGAUGGACUGCAGAGUUAUAGCUUCCGUUCUCAUCUGCCUGGCGUUCAUGUCCAUCGCCACUGAAGGCCUAGAGCUACGAUGCAGGUGCAUUGAAAGACACAGCGCCUUCAUUCAUCCACGGCGCAUCCUUAACCUGGAGAUCAUCCCUGCAGGUGCACACUGUGAAAGGGUGGAAGUCAUUAUUAUGGUGAAAGGAGGAAAACAGGAGAACCAGAAGGUAUGCGUGGACCAUCAGGCCAAAUGGGUGCAGAAGCUGAUUAAUCUCACAAUAAAAAAGAAGUGACAUUCAUCUUAGGACUGCUGGACUUGCUGUGGUAAAUGGUUGGCAUUUAUAUACCGCCUUUAUCCGAAGCACUUUGCAAGGCACCAACCGGCUCGUCAGGGGCGCUUGGGACACUCAGGGACUCUUGGACACACCCAGGGCAGCCCUCUGACUGCCAGACGACUGCUCUUACCUCCCAACGUCGCCCCUAAGCCCGAUCCGAAGUUCAAUGUGGAAGUUCAUAUUUACCCACUCAAUGGGAGCUGUUUGUAAACAACUUUUAUCAUUUUUGUUUACUUUUACACCAUUUUAUACCACUGUGAAUUGUAUAAUUGAACUCUGUAACAGACUGAAUAUAACACUGUUCCAUAGCAGAUAAAAUGUUUGUUGUUAGUUUGAUAAAUUUGACCAUGAAAGUGAUUUUUUAAAUUUUUUGUAUCAUGCUGUUUUAUUUAUGUGAAAACAAGUGUUUGAUAAUGUGAUGGUUGUAUGCUUCAACUAGCGUUUAUUUGGAUGUAUGUUUUAUGCUUUGAUGCCCGAUAGGAUUUGCGUGUGCCUUAAUACUAAGUUAAUAAAAUAUGAACUCUUGCUACUGAA